AUGGGCCUUUGCGUCGCCACCCCCCGGCAACGCCCCUACCCGGCGCGCGCAGCUUCCUCUGCUGCGCCGCCCCUCCCCGGCGCGCGCGACUUCCUCUGCUGCCCCGUCCCUCCCCGACGCACAGGUCCCUUCGUCGCACCGCCACACCAGGCGCGCGGAGCCCACGCCGACUCCCCUACUUCGCCUGUGCCGCCAAUCUGGGCGCACGAAGCCCCGUCGCCUCCUCUGCUUCGCCUGCGCCACCAAUCCGAACGCGCGAAGCCCCAUGGCCGGGACCCCCCCAUCCCCAAGGCCGCCGCCGCCGCCGCUGCGGCCGCAGAGGCCGAGCGCACGAAGCGCCAGGCCGCGCGCGAGGAGGCCCUCGCCCAGGCCGCCGAGGCCGAGAAGGAGGCGGCCGACGCCGCCAAGGAAAUCGACGCCCUCGCCGCGCGUCAGCGUGCCGCCGCAGCCCGCAAGGCUGCCGCCGCCGCCGCCGACGCCCAGGAGCCGGACGGCCAGUCCACCGCCUCCAGCGGUGGCGGCAAUGACCUCCACGCCGCCAUGCUUCAACACGAAGCCGCCGCCGUGAUCAACCUGCACGCCCCGGCUGUGGGCGUCCAAACCAUCCGCAGCCUCGUCCACUCCGUCCUCGACCUCGCCACCGGCAACUACAACUGCUGGCGGGAUCAGUUCCUCCUCGCCAUCGGGAAGUACUCCCUCGAGGAUCACGUGCACCUCGACACGCCGGCGCCAAACUUCCCCGACUGGGUACGCAUGGAUUGCGUCGUCAAGUCGUGGAUCGCGGGCACCAUCUCCACCGAUCUCGCCGAGACCGCGAUGGAGCGUGGCGCCACGGCGCGCGACGUCUGGCUCGCCCUGGAAACCCAAUUCCCGGGGAACCGGGAGACGCGCGCCCUCCACCUCGACUACCAGUUCAGGAACUUCGUCCAGGGCGAGCUCUCCAUCACCGACUACUGCCGUCGCUUCAAGACCAUGGCGGACGGCCUCGCCGCCCUUGGCGAGCCUGUCACUGACCGCACGCUGGUCUUGAACGUCAUCCGCGGCCUCAACGACCGGUUCAGCGACAUCGGUCGUCAUCUUCGCUGCGGCCGGCCGUUCCCGGUGUUCAAGGACGUCAUCUCUGAGCUGACCCUCGAGGAGAUGACCAUGGCGCACAAGGCAGCUGCGCCUCCCACCGCCCUUCUCGCGUCCUCGGCAAAGCCCCCCAGCGCCACCCUGGGCGGCGGCCAGUCAUCUGACCAGCGCCCUUCCUCGGGGGGGCGGGUCUAG